AUGAUCUCAACCUUGUGGCUGACGCUCGAUGCGGUCGGCUCGUUUCUGCUCGGUCUCGUCCUCUUCACCGUCCCACAUAUUGCCGGGAAUUUCAUCUUUCAACGGGAAACUGAUGGCGUGCAUUGGCAUUUGAUUCGUUGUGUUGGAGGACAAUUCAUGGCUGCCGCGUUGGCCUCGUAUUUGUUGAAGAACUCGAAUAAGGUCACUCACACCGUGUGCUACAUCAUGAGGAUAGUGGCCUACAUUUUGCUGUUGUUGCUCCACUUUGAGACCCGUUCCGUCAAUCCAAAACUCGUCAACCAGCAGAUAAUGGAUGUGGUGAAGUACGGUUGUUUCUCGGGCGUUUUCCUCAACAUUUUGAUGUUGCUCGGAAAUGGAUGGCCGAUUGCUAACAAUUUGAUACUGGAGAACCGAGUGGGCAAUUGUUUAUACCAAUUGGACAGUAUCGCGUCGAUUUGCAUUGGAAGCGCCUGGUUGGCUUUCCCGAAAUGGCUCCUCCAUCGACAAGUGAACGUCGCGCUGGACGCGAGCCACGAGUUGUGCGGUCGAGUGAUGGGCGCACUCUUCGUCUGCUCGUUCUGUGUGGCACAGUAUGCCCUUCACUGGCCGACGUCUCAGGACCGCAAGGUUGCCAUUCGGUGUCGUGUUUUGUGCUGCGCCGCGAUUCUCUCGGCUCAAGUGUGGUCCCAGUGGAAAUACCCGCGUGAUUGGUCGGAAGAAGGGAAACAGCCAGCCGGG